AUAUCUUCCCCCAAAAGUCCGAAUUCGCUUCACCAAACCGAAGAGGUAAAAAAGGUAAAACAAAACCCUAAUCGUCCAGAUUCUCAUCAUCUCCACGCCCAAAUCUUCAGGAUCAAAUUUGGGGGAUUCCACGAUAGAUCGGCAGAGGAGCUGCGCGAUUUCUGUUCUUCCAGAUGAUAGUUAAGAGGAGUUCGGCGGCGGAUAUGGUCGCCGAAGCGGAGAUUUUGUGCCAGCAGAGCGUUUCGGUUCAGUACAUCCGCGUCUCGAAGCCGGGCGCCGGCAACGAUUUGGAGCUGUUCGACGUGGAGACGCCGGACGUUUCUACGCCUCCGAUCGAAGUCGAGUCCCUCUCCAUCGAAAUCUCUCGCUCUGAGUCGGCUGUGAAGUGCUCAACUAGCAUUCAAUCUGCCAUUAGACACGCCACAAGAAAUCCAAAUUUUCUUCCGUGCAUUUGUUCAGGUAGCCACACUGACAUUGGAGCACGGAGAUCAAAUGAGGACGAGCAUGUUCGGAUUGAUGAUUUAUCAGCUCACUUGGGUCCUUUAUAUAGAUGGCCUGUGCCAAGUUCAUUCUAUGGAGUCUUCGACGGUCAUGGAGGAUCUGCUGCAUCUGCUUAUGUGAAAGACAAUGCUUUGCGAUUCUUCUUUGAAAACGCUGAUCUUCCACAAACACCUGUAAUUGAUGAAGCGUUCUUGGGUGAAUUGGAGCGUUCUCAUCAGAGAGCGUUCUUACUGGCUGACCAAGCUCUGGCUGAUGAUUGUACAAUUGAUGCUACAUGUGGUACAACAGCAAUAACUGCUCUGGUUCUUGGUAAUUAUCUUCUCGUUGCCAAUGCUGGGGACUGUCGUGCCGUCCUCUGCAGGAAAGGAGAUGCUGUCCAGAUUUCUCAUGAUCACAGACCCUCUUGUCAAAACGAAAGGAAAAGAGUUGAGGACUUGGGUGGUCUUAUUGAAUAUGGUUACCUAAAUGGUGAAAUUUCCGUCACACGUGCACUAGGAGACUGGUCUCUCAAGCUUCCAUAUGGGCCCACAUCCUCGCCUCUCACCGCAGAGCCAGAAAUUCACCAAGUCGUGUUGACAGAGGAUGACGAGUUUAUGAUAAUUGGCUGUGAUGGAAUUUGGGAUGUGAUGUCAAACCAGGACGCGGUCAGCAUUGUCCGUCAAGAGCUCAUGAUGCACAAUGACCCACACGAAUGCGCAAAGGAACUUGUGAACCAGGCAUUGCUGAGGGAGAAAAAUGACAAUCUCACUGCCAUUGUCGUCUGCUUUACUGCACCUCCAAUCCCCUCUCGCCGGCCAAAACUCAGGUGCCUCACCUUGUCUGAUGAUGCUCGAAAUAGGCUGCGAAGCUUAUUGCAGGGAAAUUGAUGUUCUCUUGUUAAUCAUUCUUGUUGAUUUUUCCAUCUGUUUGAGGUUGCUUCAGAUCAUUGAGAAAAAGCAACAUGAAGUUUUGUAGAAGUAGAGAAUGGGAGAUGAUAAGUGAAUGUAUGACAACGAGGGUAGCUAUGGUGCUUACAUUCUUGUUUCAUGUAGAGCCUUGUUUGGUUAAUCUAUGUGAAAUUGACUUAUACUAGGCAAUUG